GACAUUAGAUAUGUUGUGCAGUUGCCACCCAGCUCGCAUAAAAGCCACCCAUUGUCUUCAGUAGCUGCUGUUUGACUCACUACACCUCCACAGACAACAUUCACAGGUGUUGCAGGACCCUGACAGUCCCAGAGCGAUGAAUCCCAAGGGGGAUAAGCCGAAGUCGAAGAUUUCGGCUUCUCGCAAGCUCUCCCUCAAAAUGCUUCUCCUCACAAGAGCUUGUGAGGAUUUGGAGAAGGAGAGGCAAGAGAGGGAGGAAGAGAAAGUACGUUAUCUAGGAGAAAAGCUGCCACCUUUGCAACUCUCUGGGAUGUCUCUGGAAGAGCUGCAAAAUCUAUGCAAGCAGCUUCAUGCAAAAAUUGAUGUUGUGGAUGAGGAAAGAUACGACUGUGAAUCCAAAGUGAAUAAACACAACAAGGAUAUCCAUGAGCUGAAACUGAAGGUACAGGACCUUGGUGGAAAGUUCAAAAAGCCUGCGCUGAGAAAGGUGAGGGUGUCAGCAGAUGAGAUGAUGAGAGCUCUUCUCGGAUCCAAACACAAGGGCUCGAUGGACCUCAGAGCCAACCUGAAGUCAGUGAAGAAGGAAGACGUAAAACAGGACAAGGUUCUUACUAAUGAAGUGGGCGACUGGCGUAAGAAUGUGGAGGCCAUGUCAGGCAUGGAGGGCCGCAAGAAAAUGUUCGAUACCGGUGGAGCCGCACAGUGAACUACACUGUAAGGAGUCCAGGAAAGGAUGAACUCACCCAGCUAAUAGUAGGGAAAAAGAUUAAGGAAGAUGCUCUGGAGAAAACAAACUUUUAUUCUCUUAAGGCUAAUUGACUUGAAAGCGUAGAAUUAAGUAUGGUCAGUAGCAUGUACUAUAACUAUAUGUCAUCUCUACCUCCAUUUGUUGGAUGGUGACUUUCUAUACAAUAACUUACUUAAAGCUGUAGGAUGAGUAGAGAUCCAUAGUUUUUUAUUACCAAAGGACAUUAUUGUUUUGUUAGAGAAUUACACUGGAAUGGAAUAAACAGUCUCAGAUGCUUG